UUCGAAUUUAUUCCAUAACGCGCUAAUUAGUCAUUGUCUACAGAGAGCUUACGUGCGAUGCGUAGGAAUGAAAAUCUUUCCCAAGAGUUACAAGAGGACACUGGUAAUAAACUGCCUCGAAAAGAGAGUAUAUUGGAUAUCAGGCCAGCUUAUAACUGCAUUCACAAACACUUGAAGCAAACUGACGUGUUUCAAGAAAAGGCCAAGAGAACGUUGUGGAAAGAGCGUCUCGAGAUUGAAAUAAUGAACAGCAGAAUAUCCUGCAUCAACAAACUUCUGAGACCAGAGGCGCCGCAGUCUCAAUGGCGAAAAUCAAGAUCGCCAAAAGUUUUUUACCGCGAUGGAAACGCAGUAACAGCAUGA